AUGCAAAAUACACAGAAAGAAACAUUCAAAGUUACAUUGUCAAUGAGAAAGGCACCUGAAGGUACUCCUGUCUAUUGUAAAAUGGAAAAAAAUGAUAGAUUUAGCCAGCCUAAAACUGUCAAAUUACAUUCUGAUAGCACAUAUAGAAUGGAUGUCAGUUUCAUACCACCUAAAGACUUGGAGUUAUUAACGGUUAACGGAAUAGAAAUAAUAGCUGGGGAAAGAGCAAGAAGUUCUACAGCUAGUGCAUAUUCCUCUUAUUAUUCUACAAAAGGUUUACAACCAAGCAAAAGAGGUUCUAGGGAAAAUAUGACAAUCACUAUGAAGGUAUUAUUAAUAGAUUUUUUAAUUCAUUUACCAUAA